GCCACCGUACAUGCUAACAGCGCAUAUGCUGGUGAUUCAAACUACUCGCGUGUUGUUAAAACGCUUUUUUGUUUCGUCUGAAAGAGGGGAUAAAGUGUACGAAUGUCUCUUCAAUCAACAAAUCCCAACAACCCGAUUGUGUUCUUCGACAUAACCAUUGGAGGGCAGGAUGUCGGACGGAUGAAGAUCGAGCUGUUUGCCGAUGUUGUUCCAAAGACGGCAGAGAAUUUUCGGCAGUUCUGCACUGGGGAGUUCAGGAAGGAUGGAGUCCCUAUUGGUUUCAAAGGUUGCACGUUUCACAGGGUGAUCAAAGAUUUUAUGGUACAAGGAGGGGACUUUGUAAAUGGUGAUGGAACUGGUAUCUGCAGCAUCUACAGAGGUCCAUUUGCAGACGAGAACUUCAAAAUAAAACACACUGUGCCUGGUCUUCUGGCCAUGGCAAACAGUGGUCCAGGGACAAAUGGUUGUCAGUUUUUCAUUACCUGCACUAAAUGUGACUGGUUAGACGGGAAGCAUGUUGUUUUUGGAAAAGUGGUUGAUGGUUUGCUGAUCAUGAGAAAAAUUGAGAAUGUUCCUACGGGACCCAACAACAAGCCCAAACUCCCCAUCGUCAUCGCACAGUGUGGAGAGAUGUGAUCCAGAACUACACGACCUCUGUACACAUGACAUUGUGUCUCAUACUCCCUUGAUACUCCUCAGCAAACAUCAACACCCACAUGCUUUUUGUGUAUGGAAGCAUUCUCCCAUUAUGCACAUUGAAGUACUGCAUUAAGAUCAGUAGUACGACCCUUUGGCAGUUUGCUGAGUUUAGUAAACCUGAUUCCAAGAUAACUGCUGCAUCCAAAUCCAAACUCUGAUAUUCAUAUCUCAGGUGGAUUUUGGAGCGGACAAGACGUGCUUCAUAUAUGGAUUUAAAAGUCAAUUUCCAAAACAUUUUGUUAAACGUUUUUGAUGUUUUUUGAGUCCAAAUACAGACAGUUUGUGAAUGCUGUUAUAAAAGGACAAAAAAAGGUUCUUUAUAAUCCCAAGGAAAGAUUUGUUCCACAUGGGAAGCAUUCCCAUUCCCACACACUGUUUAUCAUUUAUGAUCAAUAAAUUUUUCACAUUUUUGUAAACGGA